AUGCAGUCUUCCUACCCCGCCUGGUACAAGCCUGUAUGUAUCCAGGGAGCCCGACUCUGCAACGCGGCCCCGGGGAUGCGGGACGAAGCGGGGGGAGGGGAGAGGUGCGGGAAAAGGGGUGGAGCCGGAGCGGGGGCCACCCCGCGAGCUGCCGCUCGGACCGCGUCCCCUUUAAGGCCAGCCGGCCGGACACCGGCGAGGACGGGGCGGGACGCCAAGCGACUCGCCGCAAUGCCUCCUGGGAGAUGGAGUUCGCUCUCAGCGCACCGAGCCGCGAGGAGCCCAGAGAGAACUACCAGUCCCGGAGGGCAGCGCGCGGACCCCGGACCGCCACGCCCCUGGGCUGGGCUCCGACCCUCCGCCCCUCUCGCAAAGCUGCGCUGGCCGCCCGAGGAGGGGAGGCUGCAGAGCGAGGGCAGGAGGACUAUUCCAGCACCCCAGUCUCCUGCCAUGUCUGACCCCAUCACGCUAAACGUCGGAGGGAAGCUCUAUACAACCUCAUUGGCUACCCUAACCAGCUUCCCCGACUCCAUGCUAGGCGCCAUGUUCAGCGGGAAGAUGCCCACCAAGAGGGACAGCCAGGGCAAUUGCUUCAUUGACCGUGAUGGUAAAGUGUUCCGCUAUAUCCUCAACUUCCUGCGGACCUCCCACCUUGACCUGCCUGAGGACUUCCAAGAGAUGGGCCUGCUCCGCAGGGAGGCCGACUUCUACCAGGUGCAGCCCCUGAUUGAGGCCCUGCAGGAGAAGGAGGUGGAGCUCUCCAAGGCCGAGAAGAAUGCCAUGCUCAACAUCACGCUGAACCAGCGUGUGCAGACGGUCCACUUCACUGUGCGGGAGGCACCCCAGAUCUACAGCCUCUCCUCCUCCAGCAUGGAGGUCUUCAACGCCAACAUCUUCAGCACCUCCUGCCUCUUCCUCAAGCUCCUUGGCUCUAAGCUCUUCUACUGUUCCAAUGGCAAUCUCUCCUCCAUCACCAGCCACUUGCAGGACCCCAACCACCUGACUCUGGACUGGGUGGCCAAUGUGGAGGGCCUGCCGGAGGAGGAGUACACCAAGCAGAACCUCAAGAGGCUCUGGGUGGUACCCGCCAAUAAGCAGAUCAACAGCUUCCAGGUCUUCGUGGAGGAAGUACUGAAAAUCGCUCUGAGCGAUGGCUUUUGCAUCGAUUCUUCUCACCCACAUGCUCUGGAUUUUAUGAACAAUAAGAUUAUUCGAUUAAUACGGUACAGGUAAAAGGACCCCAGCAACAUUGGAGACGGGGAGUCCCAAGAAGUUCAUGUCAGCCAAGGUCUUAGAGGGCAUCUUGCCAGUGGUGCGAGGCAGGGGACUUACUAAUCUGUAUUAAUUAUGUAGCAGGACUUGAUGCCCCCCAUGGUGAAGUCCACCUUUUGGAAUCCAGUGUCCUCUGAACAGAACCAACUUUUUUCUUGCCAUUUUCAGCUGGAGAUGGGCGGUUUAUUAUGAUAAGUGAAGAAUCGGCUGAUGUGUAUUAAAGGAGGCCAUAGGAGGACUUUCUAGCUGGGACAAAGGAGCAGCAGUUUUCUCCUGGGCUCCAUAUCUCUGUACCACUAUCCAGUGCCGCAUUUAUCCAUCUGUAAAAAGGCUCUGGUGGAGAGGAUGGGAUGAGAACAAGAGGCUGCCUCCAAUUAACCAGGAAUAAAGUCCCCAGCAGUUCCUGUCACACCUGCUUCUCACUUCCCAGGGUGCAUCCAUAAUAGUGGAUGUUUGCCCAGGGGUGACUGUGUUUGGCUGGCUUGGAAUGCUGUGCAUUCUCUGAGCCCUGUUAGUGUCCCCUCCGGGGGGGGACAGAGAUGAGCUGUGGCAGGGUCUAGAAGAGUGAGUGUCCAGGCAGGGUUCAGAAGGUAAGAAUGUCCCUCUUGAUGGGGCCUAGUCAAGGAAUUCCUGACUUGAGAAAAGGUCUGCUGUCUCUGCAAAGAUGUGCAAGUAUCUGGAGCCAGGGUAAUGAAAGGUGCUUCCAAAUCCAGCGUGUUGUCUCACUUUCGCCAUUGUUUUCCCAAAAAGUUGAGGUACCAUUAAAACAGAUCGUUUUAAACAAAUAUAUUAUGGAUUCUCAGGGUUGGAAAAUAAUUCACUGAUUGCUUAGUCCUCCCCCACCCCCAGAACACCCCAGCACAUCUGAGGAUGAGCGCCUCUCCCUGGGUACCUGCAAAUGAUCACCUUGGCCUGCUUGCACACCUCUGCUGAUAGGAAACCGCUGCUCCCAAGGCAUCUUCUGCCAUGGUUGGCUGGUGCUGGCUGUUAGAAAGUUCUUCCUUAUAUUGAGCCAAAAUUUGUCCUGCCACCUGCUGGAUUUUGGGUACAUACCUUCCCUCUCACCCAGUUAUAUACCUUUGCUUUCAAAAUAGUCACCUUGAGAGGUCAUAUAUUUUUCUGAAAACAUUUAUUCUUCAGAAUUCAGAUUCCCCUCUGGGAUCUGUCUUCAGAAUCAAAGCUCUUUUCUGUCCCUGUCAGUCCCCUUUUGUUAUAGUGUCAACUCGUUUGUGACUCACUUGACCCACCUACCCUACCAGCUAUGGCUCCACAUGCCUUUUGACCAUUUUCUGUUGGAAGAGAAAGAUUCACGGCCCCCAAAGAGAUCCAGAGGAAAGAGACAGGGUCUCUGAGGACGCUGUGCAUCAGGGAGCCCAGGAGUGGUAUGAACCAUAACAGGACCCUUAGGGUAAAUCUACAACCCCUGAGACCCUUCCCUCAGGAAAGCGGCCUUCCCCUGUAGCCCUGUGUCCUACCCCUGGGUCUCCAUGGGAUGCCAUCCAGGGCAAGCAAGCCAAGCACUAUUUCCAGGUGAUGAGCCAUGCAGGCCUCCAAACUGCACGUCAUGAUUCAUCCCUAAAGUGAAUUUGGCCUUGAGAGUCCAGGGUCCUCCCCCACUGGGCAGGGGUCCUCAGACAAAGCCAAGGAAGCCUGGUGACACAGGCACCUAUGGGAGGUGGGCCCAGAAGGGGGCUUCCCAUAGGCAGGCCCUGUGAGUAGGGAGCUUGUACAUGGGGCUGUGGUCAGAGCCAACUCCCUAAAGGCCCUUUUCCCCCUACAGUGGGACACAGGAGUCUGACAGCUUUCCUUCCGGGUACAGUGGCUCAUGCCUGUAAUCCCAACACUCUGGGAGGCUGAGGCAGGAAGAUCGCCUGAGGUCAGGAGUUCGAGACCAGCCUGGGCAACAUGGUAAAAACCCCAUCUCUGCUAAAAAUAUAAAAAUUAGCUGGGCAUGGUGGCAGGCACCUAUAACCCCAGCUAUUUGGGAGGCAGGCAGGAGAAUCUCUUGAACCCAGAUAGUAGAGGUUGUGGUGAGCUGAGAUUGUGCCAUUGUACUCCAUCCUGCGCGACAGAGCAAGACUCCAUCUCAAAAAAAAAGAUGUCCCAGAUCAAGAAUACUUGGGAAAGACCCUCAUGGAGAACCCAGUUUAGAUCAAGUAGCAGAAGCUGUUGUCACAAGACAAUUUGAGGAAGAAGUCUUACAGAUAACCACUGCCCUUUUUCCUUUUCCAUAAAACUCUCCAUCUUUUUGGUGCUCCCUAAUCCAAGCAGCUUGACUUUAGAGAAGUUGCAGAAGCAGUGAAGCCACUAACAUGCUGUGACUUUGUGCAAGUCACUCACCUCACUGAGCCACCUCCAUUUCUUCAUCUGCGAAAUGGACAUAACAGUAAUACAUAACCCUACCUACCUCACAGGGCUGUUGUGAGGAUCAACUGAAAUAAUGUACUUGAGAAUACAGUAUAAAUGAUCAAGGA